AUGUGUACUUGUGGUAAGUGGCAAAUGGAGAGAUUUCCAUGUUCACAUGCACUUGCAGUUUGUCGGAAUAGAGGGGACAACCCUCUUUCCAUUGUGAACAAUGUGUACACUACUAUGACAUACAGACAACAAUAUAAUUUUGGGUUUGUACCACUUCCUCAUGUUGAUUAUUGGUUGGAUUCAAACUGGACGAUUGAAGCAGAUUACUCAAAACUUUCUGUUCAUCGAGGACGAAGGCGUGCAAAUCGAAUUCAUAAUGAGAUGGACAUUCGUCAUCCUGAUGAACCUCGUAGAUGUACACUAUGCCACCAGCCAGAACUCCGCAGAAGAAAGGAAAAUAAGAUCAAGCUGGAGUUCUUUAAAAGGAACGGUGGAUAUCUAUUGACGCAGCAUAUCUCAGCUAAUAAAUCACAUGUAAUUAAACUAAAAAUUUAUUCUGCGAAAGUGAUAGAGAAGGCAACCAUUGGUUUUAGUCAAAGUCGGUUACUUGGCAAGGGAGGACAGGGUACAGUGUAUAAGGGUUUCUUGACAGAUGGAACCAUUGUAGCCAUAAAGAGGUCAAACGUAGUAGAUGAAGACCAGGUAGAACGAUUUGUUAAUGAAGUUUUCAUUCUUGCACAGAUAAACCAUAGGAAUACAGUUAGACUGUUAGGUUGCUGUUUGGAAUAUGAAGUCCCGUUAUUAGUAUAUGAGUAUUUAUCCAAUGGCACCCUCUCACAACAUCUUCAUGAUGGGGAAGAGGUUUCCAAAUUCUCAUGGAAAGAUCGUAUGCGAGUGGCAAGGGAUGUUGCAGGAGCAUUAUUCUAUUUGCACUCAUAUGCAUCCCCAGCCAUAUUCCAUAGGGAUGUUAAGCCACAUAACAUCUUAUUGGAUCAGAACUACAAAGCUGUAGUGUCUACUUUGGACUUUCAAGAAAAAAGUGAUGUUUACGCCUUUGGUGUGGUACUUACCGAGCUCUUAACCAGAAGAAAAGUUGUAUCUUCAAUAAAUUGUAGUGAAGGUCUGGUUUCACGUUUCCAGUUCUUAGUGAAACAUAACCGCGUGCUUGAAAUUUUAGACAAGCACGUUCUGGAUGAAGCUCUGAUGGACGAUAUUCUUCUUGUCACCAAGCUUGCUAAGACAUGCAUGAAGAAGAAUGUGAAGGAAAGACCAAGCAUGAGAGAGGUGGUCAUCGAUUUAGACAAAUUAAAAGCAGUACAAUUGGAACUUCCUCGUAAGGAUUGA